GAGGAGCAGAUCCGGUCUCAACCAUGUGAGGCGCCCAUUUCUGAUUGCCCCCACUUUCUAUAUCAUCACCUCCACGUUCCACCAUCCUGAGGUUUUUUCGUGUUGUCGACAUCUCUGUUUCAUUGGUCGUCUUCGGUGGACGCCGCUUUUGGUUGGAUUGGAAGUUUGGAACAGUGGACACUACUGAUUCCCUGGAGCUCCCCCAACCGGCUACCCUAAGUCCCUAACCUAUGUUCAUGGCCCAAGAAUACCAAAAUGCAAAAUCUUGCAAAUUGCAAUAGCCUCUCGGCGUAGGGCGAACGCUACAAGACAAAAACAAAAGAGAAGACACAAUUCUCCAUAACUCUCCCUUUCUCUUUUCUCUGCUCCUAUAUACCUGGAUUCAAGUUUACAGGCAGUCGGGCACCUCUCUCUCUCUCUUUGCCUUGGUGCCGUGCUUAUCAAGAUAUAAGUCCCCUCUUCAGGCUUCCCCAUUCAUUUUGUUCAACCCCCACCCCCACCGGCCACCGGGAACAUUCUUUGUUAAGAAAAGACAGAAAUCAGAGAAGAAAGAACAAAGUAAAGAAGACGGGGCCCUUCACUUCCAUUGAACAGAUAUGAAGAAUCUCUAUCACAAAAGCAAGGGUAAGGUAUUCCCUUCUCCUUCGUCGUACUCUCCUUCCGAUUGUUCUCCUAGUAGAGAUGCUCUGUCUGUGUUAAAUCUUCUCCCAGCUGCGAUUCUAGCUCUGGCUUCCGUUCUAUCUCUCGAGGACCGUGAGGUCCUGGCUUACAUGAUAACCAGGUCCAUAAAAACCACCCACCCCUCUUCACUGAUAGAAGAAAAGAACAAAUGCAAGAAACCCAAUAACAUCCACCAUAACCCUCCGUUGUUCGAUUGCGGAUGCUUCGACUGCUACACCAGCUACUGGUUCAGGUGGGACUCGUCGCCCAACAGGGAACUCAUACAUCAAGCUAUUGAAGCCUUCGAAGACCAUCUAACCAACGGAGAAAACUUAAAGAAGAAUGGCAGGGGAAAGAAGAAAGACAAGAUGAGUCGUCGUGUCGUCGAAAAGCCAGCUGAUAAACCGGAAAAGGUGAAAAUGGCACCAAAAGAAGAGCCCGAACCACCGCCAAAUCCCGUGCCAGAGGCGGAUAAUAACUGCUAUUCAUUGCCGAAAAAUGACGUUCAUGCGGCACGUGCUCCGGAGAACUCUGACGAAAUGAAAGGGGAGAACAAAAUUGACUACGAAGAAGGCGAUGCGGAAUACGCGGCCGGAGAGCUGCCAGAUAUGGUGGCGGCGGGAUUACACCUUCCGGCGAGUAACCACAAGGCUUUGGCGAGGAAAGUUUUACCGGAUGUGUUGGGGUUAUUCAACUCCCGUUUGUGGAGACUUUGGAGUCCGAAUGUUUAGCCAUUAGUGGUACUUUAUUUAUUUAUUAUUAUGUGAUAUUAUAUAUAUUUUUUGAAGACCUGAAAAUAAGACAGGAAAA